AUGACUGCUAGCAAGGAAGUUUCAGAUGAAGAAUGUGUCUUAUCGAGCAGUGCAUCCGGCGUCUCUUCUCAAGUUGACGCUCCACUGAGUGAGCCUAAUCCAGACCUCUCCGUUCAAAGGAAUGAGAAUUUGAAUCAUAUAGAUGCUGCCAAUGCGCACUUGUUAGACGAUCCAUCAAAGUUUCCCGACGGCUGGAAUCGCACGGCAAUGACAACUUUGCUCGGAUCAUUUAUAGGUCUCAUCGGGACUUUGGGGUUCGUCAACACGGGAGGAGUCAUAUCUACAUACUUGUCAGAGAAUAUACUCAAACAUGAGCCACAAAGCACAAUUGCAUGGAUCUUUUCACUAUACAGUUUUUUCGCAUUUGGAGGUUGCUUGAUCUCAGGGGUCAUUUUUGACAAGUUUGGAUGCAGAGUGCCAGUCCUUAUAGGAAGCAUACUCAUGUUUGUUGGUUUACUUUGCACCAGUUGGUGUCACACAGUUUGGCAAUUUAUACUCGCUUACGGAGUGCUUGCAGGUAUAGGAGCAGCGCUCACGUUUGGCCCAUUUGUAGCAUGUUUGAGCCACUGGUUCUUAAAGAAGAGAGCAUUGGCAGUAGGGCUGGCGUACACAGGAGGCGGUGUUGGCGGUGUGAUUUUCCCUUUACUUUUCCGAAAACUAUUCCCUAUAGUCGGAUUCGGGUGGACAAUAAGAAUCGGAGCGUUUGUAUGCCUAUUCUUUCUCUUAAUAGGCUGGCUCUUGGUGAGAGAUCGAAAGGAAGAAUUUCACGAACCUUCUGAUGACCACAUGGUGAAACAAAUUUACGACUCUAUCGAUUUCAAGAUCUUGAUACGAAAUCCAUUAUUUGCUAUCAUCGUCACUGGUUUGCUCUUUAACGGAUUGGCAUUUCUUAUAUCAAUGGUUGAGCUUCCCACAUAUGCGACGGUGCGUGGAUAUUCCGAGAGCGAGUCAUAUUUGCUAAUCGUGGUAUUCAACUCAUUUAGUAUACCAGGUAGAAUUAUUCCAAGUUUUGCCGCAGACCAUGGACUUGGUCGGUUCAACACAUUCUGCAUUAUUAAUGUCAUGUCGCUAAUCAUUUUUUGCGUCGUCUGGGUUCCCUUUGGUCACCAUUUGAAAGCAUUGUUUGUGUUUGCUGGUUUUUUUGGUUUCACGAGUGGUUCAGUUUUGAGUCUUUCAGCAAGUCUUGUUACUUCAAUUGUGAGAACAGCUGACGUGGGGAAGGGUUUGGGCACGGCGUUUUUCAUAUUGUCUCUUGGAGACUUGUUUGGUUUACCAAUUGCAGGUGCAAUUACAAAUAAGACACCAGAAAGCUUUGACCACUUGGUUUACUUUUUAACAUGCUGCGCCUUUGUUGGAGCUUGUGUGAGUUUUGUUUCGCGAUAUAUGUACGCUGGAUUCAAUUUGAAAUUUGUGUAA